AUAUAAAAUAUUCAAUUAUAAGUACUUUUUAUUUAAAAAAAGUUGUCAUAAGAUAUCUCAAAUCUAAAGUCUUAAAACCAUGAGAUUAAUAUUGUUACAUUGGAAGCAUAGCAUAUCAAAAAUGUGCCUUUAAGUCGAUAUUUUGCAUUUAUAAAUAUAAAAAUAACUACGAAGAUACUACCCAUCAAAUGCUUUAUAAUUUUUUAUUAUUAUUUGCCCCAGAAAGAUUUGUAAAGAAAUUAUUAAAUAGUAAUAUUUUAAAAAGCGAGCAACACAAAAUAUAAAACGUAUGCAAAUUAUUAUGGCUUGCAAAGCCUUUUUUAGAAACGGGAUCGAUCGAUAAUAUCAGGGGUGUCAGUAAUAAUAACAGCUAUCGAUAUUACACGCAAAUAUAUUUCUUUCUCACUUCAAUGCAGUCUUUUAUAAUGAAUCUGUUUUUGACAGUAGCGAUUGACGAAACUCAAAUCUGACAAACGCGCGGCCGAGAGUAAUUCAGGCUAACGACUGUCUGAAAGAGAGAUGAAGACGGGCCAAGCUGAAGCUGGGAGAUGUGGGAUCAGCUACCGGAGCUGAUACUGACGCAGAUAUUUGGCCACUUGAAUCGGGCCGAUCGUGUCAGCGUCGGUCAAGUCUGCCGAUCAUGGAAUCGCACAUUAUCUUCGCCCGUACUCUGGCGAUCCUUCACAGUUCUCAUCGAUCGUGAGCUACGCGGUGACUUCCCUUUAGCCGGAGAAUUAGCCGCAAAGUAUGGACAGCAUAUGCGCAGCCUGGAGCUCGCAUUUUCACGGCCGUACAUUCUGCCAAGACAGAUGAGAAUCACACGCAAUACUCAAGCGGAAGCCGGUGCCGAUUUUCUCGCGAUCGUGCGCGCUAAAGAUGUGCAACUACGACAGCUGAUAUUAACGAACUGGGUGUUCGGCUACAAAUGGGGUAACAGAGGAAUUUUGCUCUGUGCCCUGGCGAAUUUCUUGCGCGGUCAACGCAAUCUCGAGAUCCUGAGCUUACUGAACGUUGACUUUGGUGUGACCGACGUUUUGCGAUUGUUGGGGACAGUUGCCAAAGGAUCUGGCGAACGCUUAGUCUCUUUGGACCUUCGCGGCGCUUUCAGAGAAUGGCAAGCUCCUCAUGAUAAUCCGAGAUAUUUGCGCUUGCUGAAUCGUUUCCACGCUCUAAGUUUGUUAAAAUUAGACUAUCCAGCUUUAUCGAAUCAUGCUCUGAAUGCUCUUGCGAGUGGAGCAUUGACGCUGAGGAGUCUGUAUAUAUCUGUGAGAGAUUCGGAUUCUAGACAACACAUAAUAGCGAAUGCUGCUUGGCACAAUUUGGUGCUAGCUUGUCCCGAUUUGCAAGUAUCCUAUAUUAUAGUGAAUAUCUCGCACUAUGAGGAUAUGUAUUACUUGCUAUUACCCAGUGUCCCCCUAGCCAAGUUUCACAUGUUCAGUGGACACGUAUGGGAUCAAAGCAGAUCUCGGAAUUUUAGAAGCACGAUCAAUCUGCUAAUUACUCAAUAUCCAAGUACAUUAGUCGAAGUUAUGCUACAACUUAGGAAUAAUCGCGAAUUACUCGACGAUUUAUUAGUAUCCAUGUUGAUACAUUGCAAGCGAUUGACGAGAUUGCAGUAUGAUGGAAUUAUAAGGAAUCUCGAGACUUUACGCGAAAUAUGUCAGCUUCAAGCCGAACAUAAAACACAUUUUAGGAUGAUACAUGUGAAACCUCGAAAUAUUAAUAUCCAAAAUCGUGGUGUAUUGAAUGAUAUUAAUUAUCAAUACGAUAGCAAAAUGCACGAGCAAGGAGUCGAUUUCCGAGUUGAAGAUCCUACCUCGAUCUUAUUCUUUUAUUGAUGAUUGGUCUUACUUCAAUAUUUUUGAAUUUUUAAAGAAAUGCUUUAUUUACUUUGAUAUCAAUGUUUUGUUACGUUAGGACAAAUAUUUUUCUUUUUAUUAAAUAAUAUAAAGGAAUUUAGAAAUUAUCUAAAAACGAAGUCAUAUAUGACUGUAAUGUAUAACAGGA